AUGUCCUCUGUGUCCCCAUGCCCUGCUGACGGUGUCCCCCAUCCCCAGCUGGCGCAGAAGUACGACCCGCAGCGGGAGCGGGAGCUGCGCGCCUGGAUCGAGGGGACCACCCCCCGCCGCAUUGGGGACAGCUUCAUGGACGGCCUCAAGGAUGGUGUCAUCCUCUGCGAGCUCAUCAACAAGCUGCAGCCCGGCUCCGUGCAGAAGGUGAAUGAACCCACCCAGAACUGGCACAAGCUGGAGAACAUCGGGAACUUCCUGCGGGCCAUCACGCGCUACGGGGUGAAGCCACACGACAUCUUCGAGGCCAACGACCUCUUCGAGAACCCCACCCACACGCAGGUCCAAUCCACCCUCAUCGCCCUCGCCAGCCAGGGCAGCGCCGAGCCUGGGAUGACCCCCCCAGAGCCCCUGAAACACCUGGCCCUGGCCCCCCCUACCCACGCAGGCACCCACGAUGACAAAGUCGACCCUAACGAGGUCCCUGGGGGGUAA